AUGGGAACCUUUAUCGGUCACGUGUACCCGGGGCUGUUUCUAUUUUCAUACGGACUCUAUCAGGCAAUAGUGGUCUCCAGAGCUGUGAUAUUCAAUGACUCUCUCCUGAAUCCUUCAUGUCCUCUAAGAAAUAAGGGAAGGUGGGGCAGGCUGUGGGAAAUAUCCUACCGCGGUUUGCUGAAAAUAGUGACUGGCUCCAUCUUGAUAGCUUAUGAGAACAGUUGCGUUAAAGGAGGGUUGGUGCUGAUGAACAGGGAACUGCCACCGAGAUUUUUGUUCCCCAAAGAGUGGCAGCACCUCACCAUGUUCAUCCUCCUCACCCUCAAUGGCUGUGUAGACGUCACGAGCAAGAACCUGCUGCCUCAGAGGUGUGUGCUCCUAGAAAAAGGUGCCCUGGUCCUGAUCUUCUACGUGCUCCUGAUGCUGUUGGUGUCACACGUUCAAGAUUCCACAGGGGUGGAACUGCAGGUUCAUUCUCUACUCAUCUUGGUGGUGUUCCUGCUGAUGCUGGUGUUCACUGUUGAGCUGUGGGCUCCCAACGCGUUUCACCUCUCAAUGAUUGAGACCUUUCUGUUUCUGAUGAUGGGCUCCUGGCUGAUGCAGGCAGGCUUUAUUCUGUACAGACCAGUCAGCGGCUAUCCAUGGCAGGAUGAUGACAUCAGUGACAUCAUGUUUGUCACCACCUUCUUCUGCUGGCAUGUGAUGAUCAAUGCUUUGUGUCUAUUGGGAAUCUACGGCAUCUCUUCCUUUUGGCAUCAUUGUUACAGACCCAGGUCGAAGCUGAUGAGAUCCAAAGAAGCUCCAUAUUAUACAAACACUGAAGGACCCAUCUACCAAUUGCUGCCAGAAGUGGAGCAGUCAGAGAAAGAUGACCAGGCUCUUCUCCUCCCAGAGAGCUCACCCUGA